AUGGAGUCGGGCAGACACUGCUUGGCCAAGACGCUGGUGUGCCACCUCUGGUCGGCCAUCAGCAAGGCGCUGUUCGCUGAGUUCCUGGCCACAGGGCUGUACGUGUUCUUUGGCGUGGGCUCGGCUCUGCGCUGGCCCUCAACGCUUCCCUCUGUGCUGCAGAUCGCCAUCACCAUCAACAUGGCAACGGCCAUGGUUGUGCAAGUCACCUGGAAGGCCAGUGGGGCCCACGUCAACCCCGCUGUGACGCUGGCCUUCCUUGUGGCCUCCCAAAUCUCCCUGCCCCGCGCUGUGGCCUAUGUGGCCGCCCAGCUGGCAGGGGCCACAGUGGGGGCCGCUCUGCUUUACGGGGUCACGCCAGGGCAUAUCCGAGAGACCCUUGGGGUCAAUGUGGUCCGGAACAGCGUCUCGACCGGCCAAGCGGUGGCAGUGGAGGUAGUUCUGACCCUGCAGAUGGUGCUCUGUGUCUUUGCUUCCACUGACAGCCGUCAGGCUUCAGGCUCCCCAGCUGCCAUGAUUGGAGUCUCUAUGGCAGUGGGCCACCUCAUUGGGAUCUACUUCACCGGCUGCUCCAUGAACCCAGCCCGCUCCUUCGGUCCUGCGGUCAUCAUGGGGAAGUUCACAGUCCACUGGAUCUUCUGGGUGGGACCCCUGACGGGGGCUGUCCUGGCUUCGCUGAUCUACAACUUUAUCCUGUUCCCUGACACCAAGACCCUGGCCCAGCGACUGGCCAUCCUCAAGGGCACCACAGAGGUGGAGACAGCGGUAGGGGUAGAGCCCCAGAAGAAAGAAUCUGAGCCCAGUUCAGGGGACAUUGAAAUGGAGAGUGUGGGUCAGAUAGCAUAG